AUGGCGUCUCAAAUCGCCGUUCUCACUCUAGCAUUGGCCGCAUCGUGCUUUGCUGCAGAGGGUCUUCCGCAGGAUGAUGGUCCCAUCGCUGGUGGGAGAUAUGCCACAUUCCCCGUGAUUCAUUCCACGAAUACAGAUCACUUUGGCGACGUUUGGGCAAAGCGUGACGUCUGGUCGAAACGGGGCAUACAGACUCUACCUCUAGCCAACCGAUCUGACGUUGCCUACUACGCACAAUUAAAUAUUGGUAACCCUGGCCAGCCCAACUAUGUCCAAUUAGACACUGGUUCUUUCGAGCUUUGGGUGAAUCCAGACUGCACAAACCUUGAUGCAACGUCUGAUCAACGCUUCUGUCGGGCCGUGGGAUCCUACGAUCCAUACUCAUCUAGCUCUGCCUCCAUUUCUUCAACAACUAAGACAUUGAGGUAUGGCAUUGGCAGCGCCAGCAUCCAAUAUGUCAAGGACGACAUCGGAUUUGCCGGCUCAGACAUCACGCUCAAAAAUGUGCAAUUUGGGGCAGCGACGGCUACAGUGGAUGAGUUUUCGGGAAUCCUUGGCAUUGGCCAUGGUAUCAAUGUUACCACUACCUACAACAAUUUUAUCGAUGAGCUCCAGCUGCAGGGCGUCACAGAUACCAAGGCCUUCAGUCUGGCGUUGGGAAGCAAGAGUGAGCAGGAGGGUGUCAUCAUCUUUGGAGGUAUCGAUACGGGCAAAUUCGCUGGUCCUCUCGUGAGCCAGCCCAUCAUUCCCGCAGACCAGUCUCCUGACGGGGUUCCGCGAUACUGGAUCGACAUGAACUACAUGAGCUUGACGCCGCCGAGCGGAAACGAGAAAAAGUACGACAACUCCACCAUGGCCGUGUUCCUCGACAGUGGCGCCACCCUCACGCUCUUGCCGCAAGCUCUUGCCGAUGCUGUCGCGUCUGACUUUGGCGCGAGCGGUACCGAUUCCAACGGCUUCUACGAGGUCGACUGCUCGUUGAACGACCUGAACGGAUCCAUCAACUUUGCCUUUCCCGGCGUGACCAUUCAGGUCUCUUACAAGGAGAUUAUCCGCGAGCUUCAGACAAGCUUUGGGACCAUGUGCUACCUCGGCAUCACGCCCAAUGACGAUUUCGUCCUGCUCGGCGACAGCAUGCUGCGGUCAGCCUAUGCCGUCUUUGACCAGACAGGCAACGCUAUCCACCUUGCCCAGUACGUCAACUGCGGCACCACCGAAGUCGAAAUCACCGCCUCGACCAACAUAAGCUCUCUGACGGGCGACUGCAACCUAUCUGACAGCAAUUCCGCCAACUCGGCAACGGGCACGGCGUCCAGUGGCUCAACGGCCACGGCCACGGGCUCGGGAGGCUCGAGCGCCAGCAGUACCGGCGCAUCAAAUGCUGGCGGAAAGACUUUUGGCAGUCCCUUGACUUUACUUGCGCUUUGGGUGGGAACGGUAGCCUCCCUUGGAUUGGCAGGCAUUGUAUAG